UCUUAUUGCAUUUUCGUUUCAAUGGAAAAACUUAUUCAGCCAAUAAUUGUUAAAAUAAAAGCAAGUGCCUAUGUACCUUUAGUUCAAUUAGGCAGGUCUUACCCACCUGUCAUACAUGGUGGGAUGAGUAAGGCUUGGUUCAAUUCAAGUACCUCUUACAGGGCUCACAACUGCAUACAUGUCAAGCAAUCGUUCGGCGUUUUCCUUCCUCGUUUCUCCGUCUAGUUUGUGGAAUGGGGAGUGGUAAGCGCCGUGCGCUCAUAUCCCCAAAGCAGGACCAAAUCCGAUCCUACCAGAGAUGUACGGUAAAUAACUUUACACCACUGUUAAAUUAGAGGUUGUCUUAAUUGGCAAAUUAAGGAUUGGCGGAAUAGUUAAGACUAUUUUAUACAUUGACUACAGGAGUUGAAUUGCCGCCUAGAGCUUAAUAUCUCUCUACUGUUGAAUUGUAAUUAGAGCUUUUCGAUUGGGUUUAGUUCAGAUAUGAAUGGUGAAAAAUAGAGCCCUCGGGUGCUUAUUGCCACAUUUAGCAAAAAUAUCCUGUUAGACCGUAGUCACAUGAUUAUUCCUUAAAGCUUCUUUCGUUUCCUUCUUC